AUGAGUGCGAGCAAGUAGUAAAAGGUGUUUCCCGGCAUCUAGUUUAUUUGCUGUCAGACCCAUGCUGUACUAUAAUGUCUAGUAGUAGGAGUGCUGGAAGCCGGGAAUCACCUUGUGCCAGUAGUAGUGGUUCGGUGUUAGUGCCUCCCUAUGAUUCUGCUGUGAAACACCGACUAGCUGUCCAUCUCUCCGGGGGAGGAGGAGGAUCGGUGCAGAACAGUGCCCCUGCUGUACCUCCCGGCCCUGAUGGUCAGUCCCUGCUGUGUUCCGAGUCUCUCUCCUCCACACCACCAAGUGAUGACACGCAGAGGCUGUCACAAGAUAGAGAUCCUUCAGCCUGGAAAAAAUCCGACCUGCUCAAAAACCGCAAAGUACCCCUACAGUACGCUUUGAUAGUCUCAAAUGAUCAUCCUGCUGGUGGCCAACUUAAAGCGCUAGGUAACAACGUCCAUCCACAGCAUAUACAAGUUGUUGCAGACAAGGAGAAUAACAUUGACAGUGGGGUCGUGGAUGGGCUUCCACACAACAAUGAAGCUCAUGCAGACAAUCGCAUGAACUCAAAUGGCUUCGAAAGGGCUAGAAUGACCGGUGGCACACCGUCAACCAACGAAAAUCUGGUAUGGUUAGCCGAUGUUGCUGUCAGUCAGAACCAAGCCCAAUCGCGGCCUGCUGAGGGCAUGAUAAGUGGCAGGUCAUCACAGAACCAAGGUCAAGGUCAAACUCAAGAAUCCCAGCAAACAAUGCUUUCUGCAGGAGCGUCUGUUGGCAGCGUGUUUCGUCCGUCUCUCACUGAACCGUCUCAGCGUCUCCUCGCCGGCGGGCAGUAUAUGAGUGGAGGUGGCAGUGCCUCAUCGCUUGGACAGUAUUCCCCCUUGUAUAGUGUACACGGUCAACCCUCGCAUUUGACUGCCUCUGUUCCCCAGUUUAGUGCUUUCUAUCACCAGUACCCGCAGAGUUACCCCCAGUCAGCUGCCCUUAUAGCUGGUCACUAUCCACAUAUAGAGUCAUACUCUGCUGUGCUCGCCAGCAUGGGCAGCCACGUUCAACAUGGUGGCCAUUCACAAAUACCUCGGUCACCAUACAUGCCCAGUGGACAUAUACCUCAGUAUUCGGUCCUGGGAUCCCAUAGAACAAUGCCGUCUGCCAGUUCCCCUGGACCAAAUGCCACUCAUCAUCAACAAUCUGCUCACCCAGCAGGGACUGUAAGUCUUUCAGGUGGAGAAUCUCUUGUGUCGCCAAAACUAGAGUCUCAAGAAGGUGAAGGUCGUUGCCAUAGAUCGGGCUCCACCAGCAGUUUACGUGAUGAAAAGGGGUCCAAUUUGUCCCCAAAUACGGGACACUCAUCUGUUAAAGGUUUAAAUGUACGAGAAUCGCCAAAAGGGUUUCUUGACAAAGACUUUUAUAAAGUACCAAGCGGGAAAGAGGGGAGUUUGAAACACAGAAUACUUACCCGGCCCCAGGACAGUCAGUUGGAAGGGUCACAUAUAGAUGACUCCAAAUACGCAUUACCUGGCAAACAUGAUGAGCCUUUAUUGAAACGAACAAAGUUUAGUUCCUACUCAGGGAUGCCCUCCUCUCACUCUUCAGCAGCCCAUUCUCGGGGCCAGUCUGAAUCUGUGUCCCAUGGACUCGGCCCUGGCCCCCCCAACGCAGCCCGAGUGUCCCCCACACCCCAAACUUCAUAUCCCCCCUCACAUCUGCAUUAUCCUCCCCACUUUAUGAAAGGUUCUAUCAUUCAGCUGGCUAAUGGUGAAUUGAAGCGUGUUGAGGAUUUACAAACAGACGAUUUUGUGGUUAGUGCAGAUAUCAGCUCGGAUCUCAAGAUUGACUCCAGUACUGUUGUUCGGAUUCAGGAACAGCCAGAGAGAGGCACAGCCAUCCUCGGGUUUUCUGUUGGAGAACAUCGGGUACAGGUGACAGUGGAAGCAACGAUGGAGCAUCCAUUUUUUGUGUUUGGACGAGGCUGGUCUUCGUGCUCGGCAGAAAGGACUCUCCACCGAUAUGGACUUGAGUGUCACAAAUUGUCCGUGGGAGAUGUGUGCAUAUCCCUCACUCACAAGGACGUGCCCCUCAAAGCAGCCGAAAUAAGCCAACAACAGAGUCAAAGUGAAGCUCGUGAAAGGGAGUCGCCACCCGAAGAGAAAGCACAUCAGGGUCAAGGUCACCAAGGCCAUACAGUGACCUUUUCAGACACUGUAACAACCACUCAUUUACAUAGUUCAAGGUCGCCUGCUCACCAGGCCACCUGUCAAUCAUCCGAAUCAGAAGGUGACUCCAAUCUCCCCCGAAAACGACGCUGGUCUGCCCCCGAUCAGGUUAGCGUUGAUUCCGAAUCGGAACAGGAAAGAUCCGAGGACACAAAACCAGAAUCCAUUGAUCAGUGACUUAAAUGAAUGUUUAGUGUUUACAUUAUUCAUACAGCCAUAAUCGUGUACAAAUCCCUCCUUCGGUAGGCUUGAUGGUAGAAUCACCAGAGAUACUUGUACGUUUGCUGUUGUCAGCGGUAACACAGCCACCACAACUAAUUUCCGUGGAGAUGCGGUAUCAGGGACACUCCCCUCCAAGCCCGGAGUGGCUGCCAGGGUGAACACACAACAGUAGUAGAGUGCCUUUCUUCAACAGAAGGAUAUGAAUGACACCAGAUAAUCCUGUGGCAGUUAUGCAUUGUUUGUUAUAUCAUUUUCAACAAUAAGUGGGACAUUUAUGAAUGAUGAAUAUGCCCUGUUAAUCGUCUGUUGGCACCAUGAACCAAACUGUAAGUUCCAGUUGCAAACAUCUGCGAAGCUUACACUCUGUGAUAAAAAAUGUUAAAACUGUAAAUGAAAUCAAUGAAUCUGUAAGAAUUGACUUAAUAUGACUCACACCAGAAUGAUAGGCAGGUGAAGUUUUAUCAAUAAUGAUUAUAAUAUUUCUUACAUAAUUUUUGUUUUGAGGUCAUGAAAUCUGUAUUAUAUGCAGAAAAAAAAAUAUCUGAAAAUGACACCUACCUAAUAUUUGGUUUUAAUAGAAUGUCUUACAGGAAUGAAUUAGUCUGUUCAGGCUGAAACAGGCUGGUUAUAUACGGAGGGAAACAAAUAAGGGAACACCACUUCAUGGCAAUGAUGCUUUAUUUAUUCUCAGAUUUCCUCCCACAGCGCUAUUCAAGCUGGUGAUGAAAACUGGAACAUAUGAGAGGAACACUAGAAUUUUCCUGUGUUCCUUUAUUUGUUUCUCUCAAUAUAUGUCUCUACUGUCAAACAUAGUUUUUGAUCUCAGCCAUGUCCAUGUCUGGUUUUUUGCCACAUUCUAGUCUGGUGUGUUAGAACAUGGAAAGUAACCUCCAGUCCUACAUGUUACACUUAUUUUUGAAAAGAUAUAAUCCUGUUCAUUUCAAAACUUAAGGGAAAGCAGUAUUCUUAUCUUUGGCUAGAAUUGUUGCUUGAAUUUGAAGGCAGAUAAUGAGAUGUUAUUUUUGUCUGUACGAGCACGGAAAUUGUGAAUCAGAUAUAUUCUUGGUAAAUGCAUUCCCUUAAUUUUUGCACAAUGUGUUGUUGAAUGCCUUCUCAAUCUCACAGCAGCUCGUGUCCCAGGGGGAGAGAACUCUCGUAUGUUUUGUGAUAUUUACCAUUGAAUCUUUAAACGUUGACAUAUCCAAGUGUUAAUAUGGUAUCAAAGAAUAUUUUAUGAUCAUUUUCAUCCAGUUUUAGACUAUUUUCACUGUUCAAUAAACUGUCUAACUGCAAAAACUUUUGAAUAUAUAUAUACAUACAUAUAUAUUUGCAAAUUGAAAAUCUGACUUGGAAAUUGGUAUUUUGAUGACAGGCAUAUAUUUAUGCUUUUGCAGUGCUUUUUGAAUGAAAUGAAUGCUUUUGCUAUCUCGGUGUAAUAAAGUAUGUUAAAGUUUGUUUAAAACACAUAUAUUUAUGAUGAAUGUUUAACAUAAAAUUGAGAAAAAAACAAGUGAUUGAAGUCUUCAGUGUCUUAGGAACUGUUGGUAAUUUCUUUUGUGAAAACAAAACUCCAUUUUCUUCGGUCUUGUUUUUGUUUCGUCUCAAAUCUUUGUCUCAGUAUUUGUAAAUAUUCAAGAUAAACCCAAACUAUUAAUGCUGAGUGUUUUUCAAGGCCUAUUUUGUUAGAUUUUCAGUCUCAUAGUAAUCUUGUUGAACACAGAAUGUUUCAAAGAAGACCCCUUUGUAGUGUUUUAAAUUGCACAUAUUUCAGUACAUCAUGAUUUGAAUACAUAAAAAUUGAAUCACGAAAUCCCUUUCGUACAUGUUUGACAAUUUUGAUAGAAAAUAAAUAUAUUUCAAGAAAUGAAUUUCAAAAUAUUUCAACGUCAAAUGGUCUUUCUUUUGUCAGAUUAGUGCUUCUGAAGUUAGCAAUGAUACACAAUAUGACAAUUCUGCUAUUAAUUAGUCAAUGCGGUUGAAGAGAUGCAUGUAGUCAAAGGUAGACAACUCUUUUUUACUGUCUUUAAAAUAUUACUAAUCUGCAGGCCCACCUUAAUUUUCAUUGCAAGACUCUGCAACAUUCCUCUUCACAAUUUAAUCAAGUUUCUCAUUUUUUCAAAUAUUAGCCUUCUGUGUCUGCAGAUGAGUUUUACAUAACACCAACAUGACAUUAACUGCGGUACUGUUCACCAUAGCACUUUGAUCUGUAUAGUUAGGACACUUUUUGUCAGUGAUUUCAAAGAAAUGUUAUAUGAUACACUGGUAAUAAACUAUACGAGUUUCAUCCACACGAUCUAUCAGAACAUAACUGGCAGGCACACCUAGUCUCAGAUCGUCCUUGUGGCGUCCAAAGUGCCCGCCCACGACAUCCGCUUGCCACACCUUGCUCAAAAGGUUUUUACUUCAUCCAAAUCUGUAAGAAACCUUCCAGCUCCCUUUCACUGAAUUAUAUUUACCCAGUAUAGUAGAUUUCUUUCUUUGUAUGAUAGCAUGACCCCGAAUAAAUAUGUUUUAAUAAUUCAGAAAGAUCUGUUGUAUUAUGUAAAGACUUGUGAUAAACGUUUUAAAAUAAUUUUAAACUUGCACAAGCUGUCAUACACCAUGCUACAGCAGCCAAACACCCACUCCUUACUAAUUGGUGAAAUAUACCCCAUUCUAAUAGAAGAAGGUGUCAAAUAAUGUUCUGUAGAUCUAUUUCACAUUUAUUAAUGUUUGAGAAUAUAUUAAAAAGUUGAAAAAGAUGUGCAUUUCUGUCUGUCUGUAUUUUCCCUCCUUGAUCUAUGACUAAAAUAUGCUGAAGUGAUGUUAAAUAUUAAAUCACUAUCUUUUCCAAUAUAGGCCUAAGAAAAUAGCAGAGGUUAAGUGACAUUCAAAAUUUUGUGGUAUUUGUACAUAGAGAUUUUGUGCCAAGUUACUAAUGUGGAGUACUGUUACGUUUGUUGGAAUUGAUGAAGUUCUGUUGCUAAUUGUGUGUUCUGUCAUAUUAAGUUUAUGUUAGGACAAGUAAGUAGUGCUGCUGUUAUGUUUGUGCCUGAAGGUUUAGUGUGUAACACUUCCACACUUUGUUAGAUCCACUUGUCAAUAACUUGUGUAGUUGAUUGUUCUUUGUAGUUAAUGCUUUGGGUGACCGCAUACUGUUAGCCGUUAACCCAACCGUUUUAAAUAUUCCUUUAUUUUGUACUGUUAGCAGUGAGAAAAUGAAAACAUGAACAUCGUCAAUAUUUUACGGGUUGUGUAUUCACUACGCGCCUCCAUCCCCCAUGACAAAUAUGGCUGAUUUCGAGUGUAGCUGCUAUUUUUAGUCAUCAAAUCAGGACAUGGCCUGAUACAAACAAGAUGAAAACAGCAUUUGCUCAACUCAGUGACGGCUUACAGUAUAUAACACUAAAAAUCCACAUAAAAUGUGUCUUAUGAAACAUGUGCCAUUGCCUUGCAGACGACUUUGCUUCAGUAUUAAGCAAUAUCACAUUUUGUACAAAAAUCUUGCCCAGAACUGGGAUGAUUUUGUUUCCUUGAUUUAAAACAGCUGCUUUCAUUAUCUGACUGAGAAAAGGCACGUGUUACUGCUGAUUAUCAAGUGGCCGUACGUUUUCACAACUGAUGGAGGCACAUAGUGCAUACAAGCCUAUUAAGUUUUGACAAUUUACUAUUCAUUAAUAAGGAUUAUACACUUCAAUUUUUUCAAUGCCAUCAUAAUUUCAGGGAUAGCAGUUAUUGUCAGCUCCUCACAGUGCCACAAACUCUUCCUUUUUAACAGUUAUACCAAAUGAAAAGAGAAAAGUGCAGUGAGGAGUCUAUUGUUUGGAAGGUAUCACUGUUUUCAUUCAAUAUUGUUUCAUAUCACUUUCGAUAUCUGUUUCUAUUCAGAAAUAUAGUCGCCAGGCGGACUUUUUAUGCUAUACUUUUACAAAACAAAAUAGUUACAUUGUCAAGCAAUAACCUGUAUAUAACUGGAGACCGAAUUCCAUCUAGAAGUGAUACCUUCUUGUGUGUGCAAAUAUAUAGGGAAACGACACUCUCAGGUUCAUUCUUGAUCAUGCAGGCCCAGCAUAUUUUAUUCACCCGACUGACAUGGAAAGAAUUAAGACUGUGCACUCACCCACUGAUAUCACUGGAAACAUUACUGAUGAAGGGAACAUCUGCAUUGAAUCUCAAUUUCUGCAACUCGCUCAGUGACACACCCAAUCGAAUGAAUCCCGCUAUUGCAACAAUUACGCAGGUAGUUGUCAUUUUUCAUGUGUACAUUUCAUUCUGUACCAAUAUAGACACUCAGAGCCGAUUCCGUUUCUCACAUUUGUCAUGGGUCAGUCUGAAUGGACUAUUAUUUUUUACCAUUUACGUGACUCCAAGGUCACUGGGUGCAAGGUUAAGUUGAAUAGUUAGUAAAAUUGUAUGCACACUGUAUUGGUUCUUAGUAGAUAUAUUUAUAGGCGUAAUAUAUAAUCGUCACGUCAUCCCAAGGUAUAUUUGAUUUUGAUGUGUCACAAUUGUUAUGAAUUUGCAAAUAAGUUUUCGGGAUGCGAAUUUGAAGGUUUAGUGCCAGGAGUUCCCUUUGCCAUUAAGUCAUUUAACAUUCAUUUCAUAAGUGCUUUGGUAUUCAUUUUGAACUGUUCGACUCAAAAUGUUAUAUCACCGAUAUGUGAUCACAAGAUACUGUUGUACAUGUGUACAGGAAUAUUAUGUAUAUGUGUAAAGUGGACGGACAGCCCGUGUGUACAUAUACACUCAUGUUUUGAUAAAUCUCAACUUGUUUGCAAAUGACCUCUGUGGUUGGCAUCAACAACCAUUAACAUCAUGAGUGAUUUCAUAAUCUGUAUGAAACGGUCAGUUUCAUAUGAAUGAAUACUGAUCGGUUUGAAAUGGAACUUUUUCACGAUCCAUUUUCAGCGAUCCAUUUUGUGAGGUUGGUUGAAUAAAAUCAAUUUCAGGUAAUCGGUUUCAUGAGAUUGAUGUAAAGUGAUCAAUUUCACAUGAUCAAUAAUUAAUAAAUCAAUCAGGUGGCCAUGCCUUUUUCUGUAUUAUGAGCAGACAGACUCAGUGAUUACCGCUGUAUAUAGGAUCGUAUAUAUAAAGUAUUAUAUAUAUAAUGAGCUAUUUUUUGUACAUAUUUGUUUAUUUGCUAUGAGCUCCAAAGAAGGUGUGGAUAUGGGUAACUCUUUGAUUGUGUCACACUUUCAUGAGAGGCAGUCAUGUCAACCAGGGCGUUGACUGUUAGCAAAUUUGGACUUAAACUGAUUAAACUAAUCUUGGCGUCAUAGUGAACAGAUUGAUUCUAAAGACUCCACAUUUUAGAGUGUCAUUGUCUGACCUGGGUUAGAUCAAGAACACAAGUUCAAAACAGACAUAUCUUCAAUAAGAAGUAUGAGAUUUAGAACAGUUUAAAAUAAGAUAGGGGAAAAUAAUAAAUUUACCUCAAGUUUUUCAAAUUAUAAGAAUUAUUUGCUGAACAUGUACGAUGUCCUGAAAGAAAUGUCCUUUCUGACUUGAAGCAGUGCCGAAAUAGACAUUUCUGCUUUAACAUCCCAGGCUUCCUCCCCAAGUUAUUGAACAUCAGGCCCCAUGUGUACAAACAGAGAGAAAGAAUUCAACUAUUCAAAUAUGAAGUCAGGUAUUCAUGUGCUCUUCAUGAAUAGGUUUCACAAAAAUGGUUUAGCAGUAAUGGAUAUCCCAGUUUAAGUUCUCUAAUCAUACUGUAUACCAGUUUAAUUUGUUAACAGGGAACGAUCUUACCAAAGAUUGUAAACUGCUUUUGUUACCAGAUGUUUUUAUAUUUAUUAGGCUGAAAAUGUUUUUGGUUCUUGUUUUCUUCAUUGUCAAAAUUACUGCUCAGUUGUUAAAAUCAAGAACAAGGGGAGAUAACUCUGAAUACAUUUCAGAAACUAGGCACGCUGUAAUUGAAUGUUGAUUGGUUCAAACUGAAAAAAUAAGCCUAUUUUUGUGUCAUUUCAAGUAGGGUCAGUUUAAGUCCAUAUUUGACCCAAGGAAGCCAAUGGUUGCACAGAGAAGACCCCAUUUUAUAUGUACCCGGAGUGGACCACUACACAACAGCGAUGUGGUCCUACCAGAGCACUUCAGCAAUAGCGGCGUGCAAUGUUCAUGGACAAUGUGUAUGUAAGACAUUGUGUUUGUCAUUCUCAUCUUAAGUUUUAUCAAAUAUCUUCAGUACUAAAAUGUUUGCACGGGAUUUGUCUGCAUUAGUGCCACCAAAAUAUUGCAAACACAUACGUUUUGCAAAUUAAUCUGUGUACAUUUCUGAAACAUAUAUAUAUAAACACAUAUUCGUAUAAGCUGUCAGUAACAUGAUAAUAACAGCCAUAUCCCAUAGAUUUUGAAACGAUCUUAAAGAUCCUAUCUCAAGUUCAUUAUUUAGUUGAAACUAAUUUUGUGGUAAAGUCAACAAUUUCAGUUGAUCAGGUGUUAUGGAAAUGAGUUUAAACUGAUUUCAUUUGAAACAUUGAUAUUUAUGACCGAAGGACAAACUGUUUGCACAAGAUAUGCUCAGGUAAACAAGAAAAGCAAUGGUUGAAGUAUCAGGUAGUAAGAUUUCAGACAGUUGAGAAUGAAGAAUGCUUAUUUGGUUGGAAGAUUAUCUCCUAAUGUUGAAUAUAUUUACUGUUUGGUAUAUGUUUGGAUAUGUUGCUGUCGUUUUAAAAUUGCUUUGUUUUAAAUAAUGGUCUAAGUUUAAUUCUUAGAGAUUUGACAAAACAUAUGGGAUAUUUUGUUUGUCUACCUUUAUCAAUGUGAUUUCUCAUUGUAUUUGAUAAUCAUUGACAAGGAGAAAAAUAUAUUAUGUUUUACUUGUUAUUAAACAUUGUUUGACACACAAGAUAAUGUUUUACUUGUUAUUAAACUUUGUUCAAAUAACAAAAUAACAUUUUAUUUGUUAUUAAACAUUGUUUAACAGACCAGUUAUGGUAUAACAUGUUAUUAAAAUAGCAAACAAACAACCGUCUGACUUAUUGAACAAUGUUUGACAAACAGUGAGAUUUGACUUGUUAUUAAGCAUUGUUUGUAAAGAUAUUUUAAAAGUUGUUUGAUGAUUGUUCUUUUGAGCAGUCAAAAAAUAAUUGUAAUUAUCAAAACUUGAAUGGCAAUGAACGUGUUUGUAGUCAUGUUAUAGUGAAAUAUAUUGCUGUCGUUGAAAUUGACAACUAUUGUCUUCAUUCAGUUUUUCUCUAUACUGCGGGGAAAGUGAUGUAGGGAUUUCUAAUGAAACACUAUUUUAUGGUAUAACGAGCAAGGGUCUGUGUUGUCACAGUGUCCAUUGUUUAGCAUGCUAAUUGUUAUGGAGCUGUGUUUUGUCUGUUACUUGAUUGGGAUAAGUGAUAAAGGGCGGAGUCAAUUUCUUGGUCAAAGUCAGCUCCCAGUAACUUUUUAACAUGAAUAAAGUCUUUCGUUAUGACGUUUUAA